GCUUACGUUGCACUCUUCUCUGGCUCGUUUGUAGCGGGGAAUCCAUUCGUCAACAUCUGACAUCUUUGAAAAUCGUAUAUACGUGUUUAUUGAAAUUGUUCGCAUUUUGACCGCUAAAAUGAGAUUAAUAUAUGUAACUUGUAUUCUGUUGGCUACAACAGUCUGCUGCAUUGCGAAUAAUAAUGUUACUACAGUACAAGGAGAUAUUAAAACUACCAAUCAACAGAUAGCGGAUCCAGUCAGUAAAGCUGUUCCUCUUAAUAAUUCCUCAAGUCCUGGCAAAACAGUUAAUGCUUCUGUUACCAUUACUAAUAAUGAUAAUAGCAGUUCCAUUAACACUACCAAUGCUAAUGCUGUUCCUACUACUGUUACAAUUACUACUGUUACUCCUUCCACUGAACAUCCUAUGGAACCCAUUACUUCAACAGCAACAGUAACAACUACAUCUGAAGUAACAACAGCACCUGAAAAAUCUACAACUAUACCUACUGUCACAUCUACUGUUCCAAACAACAAAUCUAUUAAUUCUGUAGCACCUGAAAUAUCAACAGUUCCAGUGUCAACAAAAGCAGUUCCAUCAUCAUCACCUUCUAAGGAACGACAGUUUGAUGGUCUCAGCUUCAUAGGUGGUAUCCUUUGUGUUACCUGUAUAAUGGCGAUUGCUGCAAUCUCUUGGAAAUUUUUUAGAUCAAUCAAUAUUCAAAACUACCGCACGCUAUGAUGUUAAAGAAAUUGUCAUCGCGAAAAUUCCGUUUUUCAAUAAGUAAAUGCAGUCGUUUGAACUGAAAACUAUGAAUUUUACCAUAAUAAUAUUGCGUAUUUUUGUAACGCACUUAAGUGUCACGUGGUUUAAGUGCUCUUAGUAAUGUGAUGUGCAAACGCGAAUUCCGUUUCUUUGUACCCAAUUACGAGGACAAGUUACACGCAUUAUAGUAUUGCCUCUCCAUAUGUUCGCACGCGCAUUGUAAUAGCGAAUGCGUUUGCGUGAAAAAAAAAAAA